CCUUGAUGAAUGACCUUGAACAGGCAAUCAUCUGACUCGCAAUGGAUGCUGUACAUCGUUUGCGAUGCAAAUUCGCUCCAGAGUUAGUUUUCGAUUACUGUUUGGAGAACGGGCUCAUAGCGAGAUCUAAAACUUGCCAGUGCGGAGGUGUUAUGCGUAUACAUAGAUACACUAAAUGCAUCGACGGUUAUGUUUACCGUUGCAAGGAUUGCAGAUGCAGAAAAUCAGUCCGAGAUGAUACAUUUUUCUCGAAAUCCCAUUUACCUCUAGGAAAGAUAUUGAUGAUGUGCCACAAUUGGGUUAUAAGAAGACCUGUAACAGCAACGGCGUAUGAAACUGAAAUGUCAGAAGUUUCUGCAGUACAGUGGUACCAAUACUGCAGAGACGUGGCGUCGUGGAAGAUGAACAAAUUGACCCAAGUACUCGGUGGAGUUGGUGUGACUGUUCAUGUGGAUGAGACGGUUUUAAUAAAAAGGAAAUAUAAUCGAGGGAGAAUGGCUUCUAAUCAACAAUGGGUGUUGGGUAUAUAUGACACGACCCUACACAAAGGAUAUAUAGAAGCAAUCCCUGAUCGCAGUGCCAAUGUACUGUUGCCAAUCAUCCAACGUUUAGUACUACCGGGAACAACAAUAUACACGGAUGAGUGGAGUAGUUAUAGCCAGUUAUCAAAUCUGGGCUAUAUUCAUGAGGUUGUCAACCAUACAACCGGAUUUAUAAAUCCUUUCACCGGAACUCAUACUAAUUCGAUUGAAAGUUUCUGGAGCCAUCUGAAAAAACGGAUAAGAUCGGUCAACGGAUCAAGAAAUCCAAUGAUUUACAGUUAUCUCGACGAAUUCAUGUAUAGGACUUGGUUUAAUAUGACUUUAAAGACUCCUAUGUCUAAUUGGGACUUUUUUUUGCAACAUAUACGAGAACGCUAUCCUUUGUAACUAUUUUUUAACAUUGCUUUACUUGUAUAUAAACGUUUUAUUAAAA